GAAGAGCUUAGCGCGGUUCAAGGUCACCGGUAAAAUGCAAUACGCUCGAGAUACGUAAAGGUUAUCAAAUGUAUUCUGAAGUGAUUGGGAUACAUAAAUAAGAUUAUACAUCCAUUUAUAGCUUUAUAAAUCGUCAUAAUUUUAACAUGGCUUAUCAGGAAUCUUAUCAGAAUAAAUUUAAUAGACAAAUAUAUAGUAACGAGCACUGUACUCCUCGACCAGUAUCACGAAGUUGGACGCAAGAUGAACUUCGGAUCUCGUAUCAGAGUCGCGAGUUGAGAGUAAGAGCAUGACAGCGAAGCGUGACAGCGUCUCGAGCGAGGGCAUACUAUGGCUGCAGUACAUCGGAAGCUUGGGAGCUGCAUUACUGCUUUUCAUGACCGGUAUGUCGGGAGGAUGGACAUCGCCAUUUAUAGCCAAGCUGACAGCUGAGAACUCGUCGCUUCCGAUCACGUUGGAUGAAGCUUCGUGGGUGGCGUCGAUGCUGAACCUGGGACGAGUCGUAGGCGCGGUACCCGGACCAAUAAGUGUUUAUUACUUCGGGAGUAAAAGGACUAUGGUUUUCAAUGGCAUUCCUUGCGUUGUCGGCUGGGUUUCCAUGAUCAUUGCACGAUCCGUGGACUGGCUGUACGUGGGAAGAUUUGUCAUUGGCCUCAGUGUGGGGAUGUGCUACAGCAGUUUUCCACUGUAUCUUGGAGAAAUAUCGAGUCCGGCUAUUCGAGGUGCGUUGGUAACCCUCGCGAGCAUCGGACUGCCUGUGGGCGUGUUGACUGGAAACACGAUCGGCGCCUACGUCUCGAUGUCGGUGUUUGCCUGGAUAAGUCUCGUCCCAAAUAUCAUUUACAUCGUUCUUUUUAUCUGGCUUCCCGAGUCGCCGUAUCAUCUCGUUCGCACGAACAAGAUAGAAGAGGCCAAAGUGUCGAUAGCCAAGUACAACCCCAGGCUGGACGUCAACGUUGAGGUGAGGUCCAUCCAAGAUUUCAUCAACGAGUCCCAAUCAGUCACGCUCGCUGACAAGUUUCGCGAGCUCAAUAUACCUGAGAACCGAAAGGCCGGAAUCAUCGUGACCCUGCUUUACUUCUUCAUGCAAUUCAGCGGAAUGAGCAGCUUUAUCUUCUAUUUGGAGAUCAUCCUGACAAACGGUGGUUUGACCGUGAUCCCACCGGCUACAAUGGUCAUAGUAGCCAGUUUGGCUGGAAUUCUUGCCGGAUUCGCGACAAUUUAUCUGGCCGAUAAGUGUGGGCGAAGAACGCUACUGAUAGUCUCGAGCGCUGGCACCGCAGCAUCGAUGAUCGCCCUGGGAGUGCACUAUGUUCUUUUGGACGCUAACUUCGACCCUGCCAGUCUGCAGUGGCUUUUGAUACUCUCGGUUAUUUUUUACGAGGUGUUUCUGUACAUCGGACUCUGCCCUGUACCCAACACCGUUCUCAGCGAAUUGUUUGCUCCGAACAUAAAAAGCAUGGUUGCAUGUUUAUCUGGGGUUUCACUCAGCCUGUUCUCGUUCGUGUCCAGCAAGACUUAUCAAUCGUUGUUGGAGAUCACGAGCGAGGCUUGCGUCUUUUUUCUUUAUGGGGCAGUGGCGAUAACUUCACUGGUAUUCGGCCUGACUGUUAUGCCCGAAACGAAAGGCAAAUCUCUUCAAGAGAUACAAGAUGAGUUGCAUAAAAAAUAAUCGUAUGUACGAUGAUUAACCUGAUUACAUUCAACUCAACUAGUCAAUCAGCAGCGAUUACGCAGAAAAAAACCGGCGAGCCAUUGUUUCUUCUUUUUCGCGAAGAAAAAGAAGUUUAGCUUGGUUACGUUGGGGCUAAACUUGAAAGCUUAGGAUUUCUACCCCACAAGCUAAAGACAAAGAUUAGCCAACCACGGCAUCGUUAGCUAAAGACAAACGUUUCCGCUUCUGGAACCCUGCCAUAAUAGUGUCGGUAACCUGCGCUACACGGACAGGUAAGCGCGUUUUGCAUACUGAAAGGAAGCGGAAAAUGGUUAGCAGGGUUGCUAGACUUGUCGUGAAACAUUCGUUAAGCUCAAUGAAUUUUUCUGAAUUAACGGCACAAAGCUCAAACUGUUUUUAGAUGUGACGCAUUAUUUUGUGCGAGUUGCAGAAUUCAGAUGGGGUUCUGUUCAGACAAUUACAUUGUUAUCAGAUCCACAGCAAUAUGAUAUAUAUGCACUUCGUGGAUCUUGUCUUACAUAUCGUUACUUAUUGUUAGAUCUAGACAAGUACCUUAUAGCGAUAGUUAUGAUAAUAUAAUAAUGUACUCUCUCUAGUAUUAAAGAAACGAUAUUUCAUUACCCGUACUAGACAAAAAUUAAUCACUCAUCAAAAUAAAACCUGAAUUAAUUACUUGAAUUGAGGUCAGUAUGAUUCAAUUCUUCCGAGAUCGACCAGUAAAUAAUCUGAAGGAAACCAACAUCAUCUAACUAACUAGUCCUGAAGGAUUCCUCGAAGUUUUGAUCUCUCUUACGAUGCAGAACAAUCAGGAAAUUCGACGUGCCAAAUUAUUGGUGCGGACUGGCGAGAACCAGUCUUAAUAUCGAGUUGAUUGAAUUGGUGAAAUUGCGAGGCGGGAAGCGAGUGGAAAAAGUCAUUCGGUAAAAGUCGAUAAUUCAAUUUGUGAAAUUUUCACAGGUGAGGCAUUCGCUUUUAAUACGUUCCGAAGUUAGCGCCGCGUGGACCAGCUCUUCGAACAAUUUACCGUAGAAGAAAAAUACAUAUGGGGCAUUCCACGUCAAAUCGGCCUUGACCUCUUCGAUUUGUUUUGAGUUUUAUAUGUAUUACCGAAUUUUUAAAAAUUGUUAACGAUUUUUCACAAAAGAUUUUUAUUCUUGAAAAAUUUUUCCAAUGAUUCGGAAGAAUCUGGAAAAAUUCUAAAGAAACCGAUGUCAUGUGUAAAAAUGCUUGAGCAACCGUUCAGAAAUAACUGACUCUCCCUUCUGUCAAAAAAUAAUUUUCUACUCGACAAAAUAGAAAGGAAACACCUGCCGACUUUAGUUCAGUGUGCAAAAAUUUUUAUAUGUAAGACACGAUUGUUCAGAAUUGUUUCAGAUUUCUAAAUUGCAUUUGAAAGUC